UUUCCGGGUGAAGGUGGCAGCGUGCAGUUCAUCACAUCUGAGGGUAGUUAAUGUGGUAACAAGCCUCAGUUAUGCCCCUCGUAGUGGUGUGCGGUUACCCCUGUAGUGGUAAAACACGGAGGGCAGAAGAGCUGAAGGGGUACUUUGAAGAGAGCUCAGAGCGAAAGGUUCAUAUUGUUGGAGACAAAGCUCUGGACGUGGACAAGAACAGUGUUUACGCAGAUUCCCAAAAAGAAAAGAAUGUCAGAGCGUCUCUGAAAGCUGAAGUAGAGAGGAAGGUCAACAAGGACGACAUCGUUAUUUUGGACUCAUUAAAUUACAUAAAAGGCUACCGCUAUGAACUGUUCUGUCUCAUCAAACACACACAAACGCCACACUGCCUGGUGUACUGUUUGACAUCAGGAGAGCAGAGCUCAUUGUGGAACAGCAGCAGAGAAGCUGCUGAGCAAUACAACCAGGACAUCUUUGAUGCAUUAGUUCAGAGAUUUGAAGCUCCAGACUCCAGGAACAGAUGGGACAGUCCUCUCUUCACGAUCCUGAAAGACGACACACUUCCAUUUGAGGCCAUUUCUGAUGCACUUUUCAAAAGAAAAGCACCCCCACCGAACCAAUCCACUCAGAGUCAACCGUUGUCAUCUGCAAACUUCUUGUACGAGUUGGACAAGAUCACACAGGAUGUCUUAAUGGCAAUUUUUAACGCACAGAAGACAAGUGUUCCAGGAGAUCUUAUCCAGGUUCCAGGAGCUACAGAGAAGGUGGAGCUCACCAGGAGCAUCAACAUGGCAGAGCUGCGGAAACUACGGCGCCAGUUCAUCAGCUACACCAAGAUGCACCCGACGGAGAACACGGGACAGAUUGCCAACAUGUUUGUUCAGUAUUUAAAUAAGAGUCUUCACUGAGAUUUUAUAGCAUUGGUUUCUGUUUUUAUUUUCUGUGACAAAUAAAUAUAUUUAAAUAUA